AUGGGUAUCGAAGCUAAAGAUUUCAUUCUUGAUCUUGAUUUACUUGCGUUCAGUGGUAUUGCUUUCAGUCCUGAACAACGUGCUUCAUUACAAACAUCGUUGAUUAUUCUCAAAGAACAAUAUAAAUUCAAAACGAUUCAUUUUUGGGGAAAAAUCUUAGGUAUUAAUGAUGAUUAUUUCAUUGUUCAAGGCCGACAAAAAGAUGAACUUCGCCAUCGACAAUUUCUCUAUAGCAAAGAUUGUAUCAAUUGGAAUAUGUUGAAUCCACCAAGUAAAGAAGCAAAAGAGUUAGUCGAUGUGUGUCAGGGACGUUUUACCGGAGAUCCAUCCAAUGAUUUCGAAGUUGUUAAAUAUGAAAUAACUGAUGAAGAUACUGAAGACGAAAAUAUCGAAGAAAUUAAAACAACUCUACGUGAAGAAGAUCGAUUAGCUGCUAGUUUAUGGAGAAUUGAACAAGAUGCUUUAAUUGUUCCAUACACUGCGUACAUUCUUCAGCCGAAUGGAGAUGUUCAGCGAAAUCGUACAUUCGAAGGAUUGACCAUUGCUGAAAGUACUAAAUUAUCGAAUUAUUAUCAUUUUUGUGAGCCCAUUCAUCUUCCAAAGAAAAGUUUAGUCCAACGAAGUACUCUCGAGAAAAGUCUUCAAUUUCUCGAUCCCAUUGAUGAAGAUGUUCCGAAAGGUAUAUUCGUUCUCGCUAUUCCUCCUAAUCAAAUUGCAAUUCUUCUAGGUUGGAGUGUUCAAUACGAACGUGGAAGUGGUUUAGUUCAAAUUCGUAGCCUUAAAUGGCCUGGCAUGGCAUUCUUUCAUAUUCCAGGCACAAAUCGUUAUGGUUCACUUUAUUGUGGUAUUGGUGAAGAAAACAAAGACUUAGCUUUCAUGCUCUAA